AGCAUUGGCAUUUUCGGGGUCUGUUGGCAUGACAUUGCUAGUCUUGGGAUGUGCACUUCCCCAGUACAACAACUGGUACCCAUUCUUUGUGAUUAUGUUCUACCUGCUGAGCCCACUACCGACCUUAAUCUCCAGGCGGUAUCGGGAUGAUAUGGGUACCAGCAGCGCUUGCCAUGAGCUGGCCCUGUUUUUGACGACGGGAAUUGUCAUCUCGGCCUUCGGCCUGCCAAUCGUACUGGCCGAGGCUCCUUACCCAGAGGCCGUGAUCACUUGGGGUGCUUGUGGGUUGGUGCUGGCAGGCAACAUUGUGGUCUUCCUCACCAUUCUGGGCUUCUUCCUUGCUUUCGACAAUGAUGAUGUGGACUACAGCAUGUGGUGAAAAGUUCGCAGCAUUUAUAGCGCUGGUUAUGUUCUUCAGCAAGCAUUUUUCUUGUACAUACACUUACUGCAUUAUUUGUAUAUUUCAAUCUGAUUUUAAAUAAAAAAAGUGGUGUUUCUGUAAAGCUUUAGAUUAGCGAUCGUCAG